CAUUGGGAAAGAUUCAAAUAAGAUGAUGGAAGACUACAAGCAAAGCCUGGUGGAAUUACAAAAUACUAAUUUAGGAAAGGAUUCAGUAGUGAAAUCUCUUGAAAAUGAUCUUCAGGAUCUAAUGGACAGGCUCAACCAGAAAAAAUACUCAUCGAGUCUGAAAUUCAAAACAAAUUGUGACAGUCCUGGUUCUUAUUUAACUCUUUCACAGACUCUUCCACCUAAAUCCAGCCCUGCAUCCAGUGUAAAAAGUAUGCCGGCUGUCUCCAAAAUUCAAGGAAGCAAACCACUGGCUUAUGAUGGCUCUUAUCUAUUAGACAAGACUAUCUCUGCAAAGCACAUGGGCUCUGUAUCAGGCACGUCUCCAUCCUUAAGCGGGUACAGUCUAGGAAAGAGAGACUUUGAUAUUUAUUCCAACAGAGAAAAUGAAAAACAGUUUGGACAUCUGGAUAAAUUUCCCUAUUCAAAGUACAGCCAGAAAAAUAAAUCUCAUGAUAACGUCUACUUCCCAGGAACACUGGAUGGGCGGAAAAACUCUGGAUCUCUUAUUGCAAUAUGGAAUGGAAACUCAGGGAGUGAGAUAAUCCUUUCACCAGUUGGCAAUUCUGGAGCUGCCAGUAUGCCCUCUAGUCCAAAGCAAGGCAGGAGAAUGAACAUUCAUGAUAUCCCAUCAUUUCGGCCCAGGCAAGCUAAGCAGAAGGAGACAACAGUGGAAACUCUGGGAUCUAGAACCAGGAAGUAUUCUGGUGGCUCACUGAGUCAUAUGGGAAUUUACAGCCGCUCAUUACCCAGGCUGUACAAAUCAUCAGAAAGCCAGCUCGUUCCACUGAGCUUGCCACCAAGAAACUCUCUUGGGAAUUCCAAAAGAAAAAAGAUUGUGGAGAAAGAUCUUCUACCUCAAAAUGUACUGGAUGCUGACAAUUACCUUGAUUUUUCUUCUCACGCCUCAGGAGCUUUGCCAUUUACAAAUUUUGCGACUGACACAAACUUCUAUGUGAAUUCAACUCUUAGUGUUCCUGCAAGCCCUCGCAUAGCUCGGAAAAUGCUUCUGGCCCCUUCUUCCUCAUAUGUGUCUGAUGACUUUGACAGAGCUGGACUCUCAGGGAUGACCCCCAGUAGUUCUUUUUCUCCUGUGGAUUCAGAGAGAGCAUUCCCUCUCAGAAGGAAAGUUUCAAACAGUUCAGUGGAGUUUGAUGAAACAGAGCUGGAAAGCUUCAGGCAAACUCUGUCCAUAAGGGAGAGGAAGAAUAGCAUUAGCUCUCUUUCAGGAAGGGAUGAUCUAAUGGACUACCACAGAAGACAGAGGGAAGAAAGGCUUAAAGAGCAGGAGAUGGAGCGACUGGAGCGGCAACGAUUGGAGACCAUUCUUAACCUGUGUGCAGAAUAUUCCAAACCUGACAGUGACUCUGUAACAACUGUUGCUGAUGUUCAAAAAAUUAAUAAAGAACUUGAAAAGCUUCAGUUUUCUGAUGAAGAUUCUGUAUUUGAAGAUUCCCAGAUGACUCCAGAAACAAGAAUCAGAAACCAUUUGCAACUGCCAGCAGAUGAUACUGACUUUUCAGAAUUUAGUGAUCUUGGUCAAAACGUUAUGGGGUUCCUUUCCCCUAGAGGGACCAGAACGAAUAAACAUUUAAAUGAAAACAGGACACCUUCACCAUUACCACCUUGUGCCUUCAUAAAGAAUGUCAGUGAAUCUUCUUAUUUAAGCAUCAUGCCAAAGACAACAGAAUGCAUAAGUGAUGAACAACGAGCACUGGAGCUUAAUCAGAUGGAAGAACAGCGCAUUGUAAUACUGAAUAACUUGGAAGAACUUGAACAAAAAAUCAAAGAAAUAAAUGAUCAAAUGGAUGAAUCCUCCAGAGAGAUGGAUAUGGAAUGUGCCUUAUUGGAUGGGGAACAGAAAUCUGAAACAGCUGAACUUAUCAAGGAGAAGGAAAUACUGGAUCACUUAAACAGGAAGAUAGCAGAACUGGAGAGGAAUGUUAUUGGCGAAAAGACCAAGGAAAAAAUAAAGCUUGAUGCUGAAAGGGAAAAACUAGAAAAGCUUCAGGAGCUUUACUCCGAGCAGAAGACCCAGCUUGAUAAUUGCCCUGAGUCCAUGAGGGAACAAUUGCAACAGCAACUAAACAGGGAUGCUGAUCUGUUGGAGGUAGAAAGCAAACACUUUGAAGAUCUGGAGUUUCAGCAGCUAGAACAUGAAAGCAGGCUAGAUGAGGAGAAAGAGAAUCUAACACAGCAGCUCCUGCGUGAAGUAGCUGAAUAUCAACGUAGCAUUGUCAGUAGAAAGGAGAAAAUUUCUGCUCUCAAAAAGCAGGCCAAUCAUAUUGUCCAGCAAGCCCAACGGGAACAAGAUCAUUUUGUCAAAGAGAAAAAUAACCUGCUGAUGAUGCUGCAAAGAGAAAAAGAAAACCUUUGCAAUCUAGAAAAGAAAUAUUCAUCAGUUUCAGGAGGAAAGGAGUUCCCUGUAAGUCCAAGCAGUUUAAAAGAGGGUUAUAUGAGUGUAAAUGACAUUAAUGAGCCAUAUGGCAAUUCCACGAAUAUCCCCCCUUCCACUCAACCCCCCACUGCUGCUGAUGCUGUUCCCACUGAACCUUCCACAGCUGGCCUGGUGAGCCAGCCACAAAACAAAGAGCUAAGAUCAUCUCUCUGUCCUGGAUUUGUCUUUCCUCACUCCCUUUCUCCUCGCUCUCUUGCAAAACUUUCACCAGUCCACUGGUCUGAAGUCAGGGCUCCAAACGUAGAGCCUUUUCCUUUACCUGACACACCACCACCUCUUCCAGCUAAGAAACACCGAAGGCAACCACAGCACUUCCGAAAUCUGGAAGAGAGAAAGAAGCAGCACAAAGAAGCCAUUUACAUGAGUGAUACUUUGCCUCGCAAGAAAACGGCUUCCUCUGUAUCACCCCAUUUCAGCAGUUCUACCCUUGGACGAAGUGUUAAGGGUCACUUGCCACUUGGACAAAGUAACAGCUGUGGCAGUGUUCUUCCCCAUUGUUUGACCAAAGAGUCUGAAUCAAGGAGGGUGCAUAGAGGAAAAGGCAAAAAAGGAGCUAUUAGUCAUUCCAAAAGUGCAAGUAUCAAAGGAUAUAACCACCAGCUUAUAUGUGAAGAUGAAAGCCAGAAAUCUCCUGAGUUCUACAGCAGAACUGCCUCAGAGUCUAAUGUGUAUCUGAACACGUUCCAUUAUCCUGAUCACAGUUACAAGGACCAUGCCUUUGAUACUCUAAGCUUAGACAGUUCUGACAGCAUGGAAACCAGUAUAUCUGCCUGCUCCCCAGAUAACAUUUCCAGUGCCAGUACUUCAAAUGUUGCAAGAAUAGAAGAGAUGGAAAGACUUUUGAAACAAGCUCACGCUGAAAAAACACGAUUGCUUGAAUCGAGGGAACGAGAAAUGGAAGCUAAGAAAAGAGCAUUAGAAGAUGAAAAGCGUCGCAGAGAGCAACUAGAGAAAAGGUUGCAAGAAGAAACUAGCCAGCGACAAAAACUAAUUGAAAAAGAAGUAAAGAUACGUGAGAAGCAAAGGUCACAAUCUCGUCCUUUGACUCGUUAUUUGCCGGUCAGAAAGGAAGAUUUUGAUUUACGAGGCCAUAUAGAGACAGCUGGUCACAACAUAGAGACUUGUUACCAUGUUUCACUUACUGAGAAGACCUGCCGAGGCUUUCUUAUUAAGAUGGGUGGAAAAAUUAAAACAUGGAAAAAACGGUGGUUUGUCUUUGACAGAAACAAGAGAACUUUUUCUUACUAUGCAGACAAACAUGAAACUAAAUUAAAAGGAGUAAUUUAUUUCCAAGCCAUUGAAGAAGUCUAUUAUGAUCAUCUAAAGAAUGCCUAUAAGAGUCCUAAUCCAUUACUUACUUUCAGCGUUAAGACACAUGACAGAAUCUAUUAUAUGGUGGCUCCAACACCAGAAGCUAUGCGGAUAUGGAUGGAUGUAAUAGUUACAGGAGCAGAAGGCUACACCCACUUCAUGUUAUAGCAAAAUUGCGCAAAGGUUCAUUGACAGGGCGUAAUGCAAUAAUAGCCUCACAUCUGGGAAAGAAAAGCCAUACUUAGUCACAUUGGUAAAACCACAUAAAAUAACAAGAACUCCCUUUAUUUUCCAAAAUAAAACAUAUGCUGUCUUUGGGAACAUUAAUUCUUAGAUGUAUUAAUCACUGUUCUAGCAGAAGAAAAGAUGCUUAAAAGACUGUAGUGCUCCCAAAUGGAUAAUCAUAUCAUCAUGUGCCUGGCAUAUAGUGUGUAUGGUAAUUUCUUAUAAAUGUUAUCAUGCAGGAUUUAUUUGAUAAAUGUAAACUUUAUACGUUUAAAAAUACUAUGUGCCAAUAAGAAAUGAAACGCAAAGGUGACAAUGCCUGUUUUUAUUGUGCUUAGUUGCUGUACAAUUAUAAAGUUCUCUUCCUUACAGGUGCAGUGUAACAAAUUUUAAAACUAGAGUGCAUGAAGUUUUUGUCUUGGUUCAUUACAGAUCCAAAGAUUCACAGUAUAUAAUGAGAUUUAGAUUUAUGCAAUGGAAAUGUAUAAAAUUGUUCAUAAAUGUUAACAAGUAUUGAAAACUGUUCUGUUGAAAACUCUGAACAAAUACUACAGGUAUGAGGCUAACUUCAAAUGUAAACACACAAAAUUUUGCAACGUUCUAGUUUUAAGGAGUUCAGAGAACACUAUCAAAUGAACAGCCACAUACACAAGUCUCUUAUUUGCCUCACAUCCUUAAUUUCCAGAGCUUUCUAAGCUGUUACUUAAUGUUUUCUGUCUGUAGCAAAUUAUUUAAUAUCAAAAGAAUGUAUUCUUUUUUUCCCUUCAAUUGCAGCAAGUCAGAAUUGGUAGAUCUGCAGUUCAAAAAGCUACAGUCGUGUUUUAAAUUUCAGCAUUUUCACCAUCACUGAAUACUGACAUUUCCACAAAAUUCAACACUGGGUGUAAUAGGCAAAGCUUAAUUCAGAACUUUUGUGGUUGUGGCAGGAGAAUAAUUCCCUAUAAUCCAUAAGAAUAUUUACAAACCCAAGCUUUCCACACAAGGGCCAUGAGAGAUUUUUAGGUACCCUUACAUACGCUUCCAGGAUCAGAUGACAUAAAUUGGGAUGAUUUCUGUGGGUGCAGAGAUGACUAGUCAUCAGUUAUAGCCCUUGAAUCUAUCAAGGUUAAUCCAAAGCAGUAGCAGUAUUUCUCACUUCAAGAUAAACAUUUUAUCCCACCUUUCCUCCAAGGCAAUAUAUAUGGUUUUCCCAUCUUGCAUUUUGUCUCCACAACAACCCUGUGAUGUAGGUGAGGCUGAAUUAGGGUUG